UCAGUCCUUAAGGAAAGAGCUAAAGAGUAACAAAAAACUAUGGAAUUUGUCAACUGCAAAUGGAGCUUGAUUUUCUUGAUCAUUGGGUCAAUGGCACUUUUGCACCAAGCAAAUAUGGCUGCAGCCUACUAUUCCACUCCUAGCCCGGCUAAGUUUAAAGCCAUGCCUUGGAAGCUUGCUUAUGCCACAUUUUACGGAGACGAGUCUGCUUCUGAAACAAUGGGUGGAGCUUGUGGAUAUGGAAACCUAUUCAAUUCAGGUUAUGGCACAGCAACAGCAGCAUUGAGCACAGUGCUAUUUGGCAAUGGAUAUUCAUGUGGACAAUGCUUCCAAAUAAUGUGUGUGAAAUCAAAAUUUUGCUACAAAGGGUUCACCACCGUUACAGCCACAAACCUCUGCCCACCCAAUUGGGCCCAAGACUCGAACCAUGGUGGCUGGUGCAACCCACCACGCCAACAUUUUGACAUGUCUAAACCUGCUUUCAUGAAAAUUGCUCAAUGGAAGGCUGGCAUUGUCCCCGUUGCAUAUCGCAGGGUACCUUGCGUUAAGAAAGGCGGGAUCAGGUUCGCAUUCCAAGGAAACGGCUAUUGGUUGUUGGUAUACGUGAUGAACGUCGGCGGAGCGGGCGACGUGGCGAGCAUGUGGGUGAAGGGAAGCAAAACAGGGUGGAUAAGCAUGAGCCACAAUUGGGGAGCAUCAUACCAAGCAUUUGCAACUCUUUCAGGCCAAACUCUAUCUUUCAAGCUCACUUCCUACACAUCUCGUAAGACAAUUAUAGCUUAUAAUGUUGCACCUUCUAAUUGGCGUGUAGGCAUGAAUUACCAAGCCAAAGUCAACUUCCGCUAGUCUAGUUAAUUGUUAAACAUUAACUAAAGCGGAUUAGUUGGAUCAGUGAGUUUUAGAUAUUUUUUUUCUAAGCUUUCAGGUUCCGAGCCACAACCGAACGCAUUAUUUUUUGCCUUCACAUUUUUUUCCCCUUUUACUAUCUAAGCACCCUUGAAGGAGUGGUGCUUCCGUCUUUUUCUUCCAAAUGGCUUGCUGUGUUUUCACAAGAGUCUUUAAGUUUUGGAUCUUGCACCGCAUUGUACAAUUUCUUGUAUUACUGAAAUAGAACAAUAAUAUGAUAAUUGUUGCACUAUCUAUUUCGAGUUUGUAAGGCUUAAGUUCAUAUCCAUCCAGCUGUGACAUUCCAAUUAGUGAAGAUAAAAACACUAGUUAAAGAUUUUUCUCAUGGCUA